CUUUCAGCUGUAGUUGCUGCUGUUGUUUUAAGAAGAGUUUGAAAUGUUUACUUCCUUUCAUGACUGAUGCUCAGACUCUUAUUCUUUCAGUUUGUUCUUUAUAAAGUCAAUUGCCAGCUGGCAAGUUUUAUUUAUUUGUUCAUUAAUUCCCUGUUUGUGCGUAAUACAGACAACUGACUCUUUCCUUCUGUUUUCAGAUCUUCUGUGCUCAGAUAUCAGCCUCUGCUGAAGUGUCAGUCUUGUGUUCAUAUCUCUGAUCCAGAUCAGUGGGAUCAGAUUGAGCCGUCGCUCUGCACAGAUCAAGGAGUGUCAAAGUUCAGGGUUAGCACUGGACCGGGGCGUUACGAGUGUGUCAGGUCCAGGAUGAGAUGGGUCUGUGAUGGGGACGUCACUCUUCAGUAUCACACCGUAGACGGACGGUUCCUCAACACAGAGCUGGAGAGACUGCAGUGCAACCGAAUCGCUCCGGUGAUGGACGUGACGGUGAUCUCAGGGAAACUGGAGGAAGUUCAUCUGCCACAUUACAUCUGUUUAGGAGAGUCUGAAGCUUCCCUCAGAGAUGCUGUGAACGUCCUCAGUGUAAAAGAUGAGGGAAUAACCACAGAACCUGUGGAGCUGACACGAUUCCAUGCUAAGAUUGUCCAACCAUCCUUCUCUAUUAAAACAUUAAUUAUAAGAUGGAUACUGCAAUGGGACGAACACUGUGAUCUUCUUCUCUACAGGCGCUCUAAAGCUCCUCUUAUUCUACAUGUCUACUUCUUUCCAGUUGAUGAUUGUGCAAAAGAAAAAGUUGAGAAGAUUGAAAAAUCGAGCUCUGAUCAGAUUUGGCAUCCCAGACCUGACAAAGCGCUUCGGAUGGAAACUCCACACAGUCUCGUUGUUCCUGGUGCCUCUGUCCAUCCCAGAGAAGGGAUUACACUCAGAAGACAAACUGACCCAAACUUCUUCAAGAUCAUGAUCAAGACACGUCUGAAGAAAAAUCUUCAAAUGAAACUUAUUAGAGAGGAGGACAAGAAGAUUGUCUGGACUGCAACUCUUCAGAAAGAGGAACUUGAUCAGAUUCGUACACAGCGAGACGAGACACGUCCACAGAGAGAUGAGACACGUCUGAAGAGUGAGGCAGAUAAAGCAAGAUAUUUUGAUGACCACUGGUCAGAUCUCAUUCAGAGAGUUACAAAUGUCGAGAUCAUUGCAGAUAAACUGCGUCAGCAGCAACUCAUUCAUGAGGAACAAUAUUCAGAAAUCAUAAAGAGUGCAACCAGUCAGGACGGCAUGAGAACGAUCUGUGAGAUCAUUCGUAAACACGGUGAUGCUGUGAAAGCUAAACUCAUCUCAAUUCUUCAGGAAAAGAACUUUUCCACUUUUAACAUCGUCUGAUUCUACAUUUAGAG